AUGCCUUCAUGGUUUCCUCUCUACAGCGACAAUGUAUCUGAACGCAGGUUUUGCUCAUUAACGCUGCCCUUUUGCCUACUCUUUCUUUGUCAAGCCGAGGGCCCUGUGGUGACCUCCCAGUAUGACUGCUAUGGCUGCCUGCACACCCUGAAGACUGUCCCCCCGGACUUCGACCCUGUUCUGAAACAUGGCAUUGAACAUUUUAACAACCACACUAAUCAUUCCCACCUCUUUGCUCUUAAAGAAGUAAAAAGGGCACAGAGAGAGGUGGUGUCUGGAUGGAACUAUGAAGUUACUUACUUAAUUAAGCAGACUAAUUGUUCCAAGGAGAAUUUUAAAUUCUUAACCCAAGACUGCAAGGUCCUUUUCAGUGGUGAUACCUUUGAAUGUAAAGAUCAUGCAUACGUGGAUCCUCAGCUAAUAAUUGCUUCCUUCUCACAGAAGUGUAAGAUUUUAUCAGGUUUUGCCAUAGGUUGCCUUGGCUGCCCCGACGAGAUACUUGUCGACAGCCCUGAUCUGAACGAGGCUCUGAAUCAUUCCAUUACAAAACUUAAUGCACAGAUUAAUUCAAUGUUCUUGUUCAAGAUUGACAUUGUGCACAGAGCAACAUCACAGACAGUGAGUGGAUACAAAUAUCUUAUUGAGUUCACGGCCAGGGAAACCACAUGUUCCAAGGAAAGUAAUAAAGAGUUGACCGAAAGUUGUGAGAUCAAUAAACAUGGGGAAAUUCUAAGAUGCAUUGCUGAGGUUUACUAUCUGGUAGGUGGGAAGAAUAGAAUUGAGACUACUGUCAAAUGUCAGUCACUGGGAAAGAAGCCACUAAGACCCUGCGUGUACAAGGCCCGACCUCGGGAGGUAGGGGCACAGCCAACAUCUGAGAGUGUAGCCUCUUGACCAGUGGGCAGAAUCUCCAUGCCUGGGACAAUAACCCCAGCAACCUGUCAGCAGCCCUGAAUGGAAGAGCAAGGAGAUGGGAUAGAAUGUCAAUGGAGAAGAAUGCUGUUUUAUCAUUCUGUUUCUGUGUGAAAUAAAGUUUGAUCUUAAUGUUCUCA